UCUCUCUCUCUCUCUCUCUCUCUCUCUCUCUCUCUCUCUCUCUCUCUUUGAGCAUGUUUGUUUCUUCAAGAACAUCAUAACUCAACUUCUCUCUCUUCUCCUCCUUAUAUUCCUCUUCAGACAUCCUCUUUAACUUCAUCCCUCUCGCUUUUUCUUUUCUUCUGAGAGAGAGAAAUAGAGGAAAAUAAUAUCAAGUCUUUUCUUCAGACACCCUUUUGACUUCUUUGCUCAAAGAAUCCCCUCUUAUAUAUUUUCUUCCCUUAGAGAAAAUCAUUUUAAAUUCUCAAGCAAAACUCUUAAGAGAAAAUAAAUAAAAGAAAACUCAUCACCCACCAUCAUCAGUAGCAACAACAACAGCAAGAGAGUUGUCUUAACUAUUUCCAUGGAAGGAGUUUUUCUAGAGAAACCAAAAUCAAACACAACUACUAGUACUCUCCCUGAUCUUUCUCUCAACAUCAGUCUUCCAGAUAUUACUUCCAAAGAAGAAUAUAGAAGACCAUCCCAAACCGACAACAACAGAUCAUCAAAUUUCGAACUCUCAUUGUCUCAUCACCAUAACCCUAGUUCAAAUCCAACCACAAGAAUCAUCCAUUGUCCUGAUCCAAGAAACCUAAAUUUUCCUCAUCAUCAGCAUUACAACAACCCUAUCCUUAAUGGUGGAAGUCUUCAUCAAAGAGUAGAUGAAUCGGAUAUUAAUAAUAUCCACCGUCCGAUUAGAGGCAUCCCAGUCUAUCAGAACCGUUCAUUCCCUUUCCACCAACAAACCUCUCAUUCUUCUUUACCUUCUCUUGGAGGAGGAGGAAACUUGGAUCAAAUCUCAGUAUCAAUUUCACCUUCCGGCUAUAACAACGCUUACCGAUCGUUACAAUCUUCUCCAAGGCUACGAGGUGUUCCUUUGCAUCAUCAUCAUCAUCAUCAUCAUCAUAAUCAUUAUGGAGUUGUUGGAUCUUCCGACUCUUCUUCUCCUCAUCUUCAUGGGAUGCUCAGAUCAAGAUUCUUGCCUAAGAUGCCGACAAAACGAAGCAUGAGAGCUCCGAGGAUGCGUUGGACGAGUAGCCUACACGCGCGGUUUGUUCACGCCGUUGAGCUUCUAGGCGGCCAUGAAAGAGCAACUCCAAAGUCUGUUCUUGAGCUCAUGGAUGUUAAAGACUUAACUCUAGCUCAUGUAAAGAGCCAUUUGCAGAUGUAUCGAACUGUUAAGACCACUAACAAGCCUGCUGCUUCAUCAGAUGGGUCAGGAGAAGAGGAAAUUGGCAUAAAUGGAAAUGAAGUUCGUCAUCAAUCAUCGACAGAUCAAAGGGCACAAUCUGACGAUACUUCUUCCCAUCAAGAAGUUGACUUUCCUUCCACACAACCUCGUUGGAGUAACUCUUCACGAGAGACAUGGCCAUUAAGUAGUGACUACUCAAGCGACAUAGAUACGAUGAUCAGAACGUCAUCAACAUCAGUGAUCUCUCACCAUCAAAGAUCCAUUCUUCAAAACCAGGAGCAACAGAGAUCGAAUGAGCAAACAAAGAGGUGUGGAGAUGUUAGCUGUAACAAUCCAAGUUUGGAGUUUACAUUAGGAAGGCCCGAUUGGCACGAGAAAUGACUUUCUUGAUCACAGUUCGAUUUGAAUAUAUAUUGGUUUUUGUCUCUCUCCCUCUAUAUAUAUAUUUGGAAACAUGUAUGAGUCUCUCAGCUAAGUAAGAUGAGAACACGUAGAGAGCGAAGCCGCUCAAGAGUGUUGGUUUUUGCAGAUAGAGAGUCACUAAGAAAAGAAAAAAAGGAAGAAAGAAACGUUGGAGAUUCGUCUUCUUUUUCUUCUCAAGUUCCAUUGAUGGUUUGAUUAUAAAGUGGAUGGAUGGUCAAUGUAUGAGUU